CCAGACGCAAGAGGAACCCCAGGGUAGAGCCAGAGCAGCUGAGAACUUGUCCCCCGGCUGCAGCGCCUGCACCAAGACUGUGGAUUCUUGUGGUGAUCUUCUGGAUGCCUUCAACAAUGGGAGGUUCCUUGUUUGGAGAACCUCUGUCCUAGUGUGGAAAUUAAGUGGCUAUGCAGAAGGAGGUUCCCACCAAAAUUGUCCCGGCACUGUCAACGGUGGCCUAUAGACAAGAUGCAAUGGAGUACUCCAUCAAAUACGACAAACUGGAGUCGCUAAAACAGUACAUGAGCUCAGGGAAGAUAAAAGAGGAACUAGAGGAAUGCUUCAUGAAUAAAGAGCAGGCCAAAAGAGAGGCAGCUGAGAAGGAAAAGGAUCCUCUUGAGCAAAAGUUUAAAGAGCUGCUGCAAAUGUUAGAGGACCAGGAAAGAGCCUUCAAGGGAUUUAGAGUCAAAAUCACAGACGAGAUGAGAGAAAGAGACAACCUUCUGAGAAAGAUGAAUGAGAGGAUUCAGAUGCUGGAGAUCUUAAGAAAAAUAACAGAAGAACAAGAGGAACACUACAUGAAGAAAGAAGAGUGUGCCAAAAGAGAGGCAACUGAGAGGGAAAAAGACCCUUCUGAGCAAAAGGUUAAAGAGCUGUGGCAAAAGUUGGAGGACCAAAGGAGACUCUUGGAGGGAUUAAGAGCCAAAAUGACAGAGGAAAUAAGAGAAAGAGAGAAGACCUCAGCAGCUGAAGAGUGGGCCAGAGGAGAGGCAGCUGAGAGGGAAAAGGAGCCUCUUAAACAAAAGGUUAAAGAAUUGCAGCCAAAGAUGGAGGACCAAGAAAGAGCCUUCAAGGGAUUUAGAGCCAAAAUGACAGAGGAGAUAAGAGAAAGUGAAAAGACCUCAGCAGCAUGGACUGAAAGAGAGCCAUCAGAGGGGGAAAAGGAGCUUCUAAAGCAAAAGUAUAAAGAGAUGUGGCAGAAGGUGGAGGACCAAGAAAAAGGCUUCGAAGGAUUCAUAGGCAAAAUGACAGAGAAAAUAAGAAAAACAGAAAAGACCUCGGCAGAACAGCGUGCCAAGAGGGAGGCAGCUGAGAGGGCAAAUGAGCUUCUCGAGCAAAAGGUUAAAGAGCUGCAGGAAAAGUUGGAGGACCAAGAAAGAGUCUCUGAAGAAUUAAGAGUCAAAAUGACAGAGGAGAUAAGAGAAAGAGAAAAGACCUCAGCAGGUACAGAAGAUCUGGCCAAAAGAGAGGUCGCCAAGUGGGAAAAGGAGCUUCUCGAGCAAAAGGUUAAAGAAUUGCAGCAAAAGUUGGAGGACCAAGAAAGAGCCUUCAAGAGAUUUAGAGUCAAAAUCACAGAUGAGAUGAGAGAAAGAGACAACCUUCUGAGAAAGAUGAACGAGAGAAUUCAGACGCUGGAAUGCUUACUGAGGAUACCAGAAAAACCAGAAGAACACUACAUGAAGAAAGAAGCAGAAGAGCAGGCCAAAAGAGAGGCAGCUGAGAGGGAAAAGGAGCCUCUUGGACAAAAGGUUGAAGAAUUGCAGCAAAAGUUGGAGAACCAAGAAAGAAUCUUCGAGAGAGUAAGAGUCAAAAUGACAGAGGAGUUGAAUGAAAGGAAAAAGACGUUAGCAGAAGAGCAGGCCAAAAGGGAGGCAGCUGAGAGGGAAAAGGAGUCUCUUGAACAAAACGUUAAAGAGCUGCAGAAAAAUUUGGAAGACCAAGAAAGAGCCUUCGAGGGAUUAAGAGCCAAAAUGACAGAGGAGAUAAGAGAAAGUGAAAAGACCUCAGCAGAACAAGCCAAAAGAGAGGCCACUGAGAGGGGAAAGGAGCUUUUUGAGCAAAAGUUUAAUAAAUUGCAGCAAAAGUUUGAGGACCAAGGAAGAGCCUUUGAGGCAUUUAGAGUCAAAAUGACAGAGGAGAUGAAAGAAAGAGACAAUCUUCUGAGAAAGAUGAAUGAGAGGAUUCAGAUGCUGGAGGUAACCUGGUCUGGGUCUGGGCAGUGACUGUGGAACAAAGCCCUGGAACCUCAGGAAGGGGUCACAGUGAGCAAUGAUAAUGACAAGGAUUAUGAGCAAAAUACUGAAAAUGACUGCACUUCAUAGACACAGGAAGACAGUGACAAAGAAAAUACUUCACGGCCUUUUGUUUUGGUCUCAGAUUUGGGAGAAGAUAAAACAUGU